AUGGUGUUUGCAGACUUAGGUCGCAAGAUAACCUCUGCCCUUAAAUCUCUCAACAAUGCCACUAUUAUCAAUGAGGAUGUUCUCAAUGACCUCCUUAAAGAAAUCUGUGCAGCCUUGCUUGAGUCGGAUGUCAACAUUAGACUUGUGAAACAGUUACGGGAAAAUGUGCCUGGUGGAUCCGGAACAAAGCCAAAUGUGCCCGUUAAAGGACGUCACAAUGUUAUUAUGUUUGUUGGUCUGCAGACCGAGCAGUCAUCAAGCAGUCCGUCAUCCAGUUCGUCUCGGUCUGCUUCAGCCACCAGGGCCAAGACGGCUCACAGACUUCGAACUGCCGCACCUUCUAGAUUUAAGAAAAAAACACAAGCUGCAACGGAUGUGGUUCACACUGAGGAUUCCCUACAACUGGAAAGUACACAUGAAGGAAACAGUAAGGAUAACACAAAAGAGUUUCUGGAACGGCUGGAUAGCGUCCUCUCUGAUUUAGUCGAAAAUGAAAAGAAGAAAAUCAGUAAAUACGGCCACUCGAGUGUCAAAAAAGAUCAACCUGAAAGUGAAUUAGUGAAUUCACAGCCACGAAAGAAGCUCUAUAAAAAGAGAGAUGUGAGUAAAGAAAAAGUAAGAAAGACUCCGGUUGAUGAUACCACUAUGCAUCUCUGCAGCAGCUUACGAGAAGAAACGUUGAAAAACUUGUCACCGCUGGAACAGACGUUCUGGAGGAAGCCUCUGAUGACGUCUCUUUCACUCCCUCGGUGUUCAAGUAACGACGAGAGCCAAGCAGAGGACUCCAGCCACGUCUGUGUCGACGUCCACGUCCAUCAGACGCAGGCAGGACACCCGCACCCAGCAAGAGGAUGGACUGGUGAAAGUGUCCCCUCUCGGGAAAGGGAAUUCAGGGUUGUAAGUCAAGGGGCAGUGGAUGAAUGUGAAGUCAGAGGUGGAGGGAAGGAAGUAGAGAAUGAGGUGAAGAUAGAAGAUGUGAGGCAGGAGAGGUCAUCUGACCCUCCGCCCAAUCCCAACAUCAAUAACGACUACCACACACUAGGUCAUCUAGCAGCCGAUAUCAACCCAGAACGGGGGCUACCCCGCCCCCGCCCUAGUGAAUAUCCCUCUGACUUCUACUCUUCUGAUGACGAGCAGCGGGAGGUGGAACACGUGUGUCAGGGGUCACUGGAACCAGAGUCUUUGGAAGAGACGGAGCCCGAGGUACGAGAAGACAGCCAACCAAAGACUGGGGAGAACAUAGAGGAUGAGGAUACCUGUUACGGCAGCGACUAUCAGGGCUCUCAGGCACUGCAACACCCCCUUGGAUCAGCACCACACGACCUGGCUGGCCCUACAACACACCGCCUGCUGGAGGCUGCUGAUUCUGGCGACUUCAGCGUGGACAGUGCCUACACCGGGAGUCGUGGCGCUACUCCCGAGGGCAUCCUCAAUCCUGGGUUCAAACCACGCCGUCAGAGCAGCAACUUCACUUCGCCAUUAGUAACCACUAAACACCGUCAGCCGCGGUGUGUUCGACGCUUGCCACAGGUGGGGCCACUACAACAACUCAAGAGAACCAUACUGAACGAGAUCCGGGAAUCUAAAUUGUAUAGUGACGAGAGUAUCAACUCUCUACUUGAUCAGUACCGCCACAAGUGCUGCCACUUGAGUCCCUCAGACCUGGAUAUUGUAACCCGCAGUGUUCAGGACGAUCUCGGGGUGAAGCCUCGACCAGCCCAAUAUCUCUACCAGAUACUAGUUGGAGGCGAUGACGACCAGACGCAGUCAGUUGCUGCUGACAAGAGCAUAGGUGAUGCCGAGGACACGUCACUACUGACGCUGCAGUCAACGGGGAAAACUUACAUGUACGAGCGGCGGCGGCGGCGGGAGGUGGGCGUACCCUGGCGGCCUCACAGCUCAACCUCACGCUACGCCCACCACAUACAUACCAAAACCCUGACCACCCACCGCCCACGCAGGAGUCAGGAGGAGACGGAGGACGAGGCGUGGGCGCGAGAAGCGGUGGGUGUGGUGGCUCCAGGGCUAGUGAGGCAGGCCAGAGAGGAGGCGCAGCAGAGGCUGGAUGAUGACCCUGAAGCUGACUGGUCUCACUACGUCGCCCAACUUUGUCAACAAUUAGAAAUCAAAAUGUGAAUCAAAUUUCAAACUAUUAAAGUUGCCCUUAGUGGACUCUUGUUGAUAUUAUGAAGGUACGACCCCUCAACCCCGCCGCCCCUCCCUGUUAUCACCCACCAACAUACCUUAACCCCUCCCCCUUCCCUGUUAUCACCCCACCAACCUAAACCCCUCUUCCUCCUCAUCCUCCAUAAACAUUAAUUCAUGUUAUACAUUUGCUCCUUCAUCAUACUCUUUAAAGUUCUUGAAGUCUUUUCCCUGUGUUUCUUACUCAUCAUUCUUCCCUCCUUUCGUUCCUCAGCACUAGAAACUGUCAUUCAUCCCUCCCUCCCUCCCUCCCCUCAUCUCUAAUCACUGGUAAACUUUCCUUCCCCAUACCAGCUGGUACCUCCAUCUCUGUGGCCAGCUGGUGCAGGUGUUGAUUAACAUUGUUAUGUUAUAGUCGAGUUUGUUGAUGCUGUUAUUGUAACGUCAGUUGGAGAGGCGAUGCCAUACAUCAUUCCUGUUUACAAUAAAACCCCGGGAGAAGCUCCUCUAAAAACUAUAUAACACACUUGUAAUCUUAUAAAUAAAAUGUUUGUUGAAACUGUCCCACUACAUGACAGGCAUCCCCACCUGCCAGACAGACCUACUGCCAGACAGACCUACUGCCAGACAGAGUUGCCCAUUUGACCUUCCUUGUCUCCCCCCCCUCCCUCCUACACACACACACACUGUUAGUCCUCACCACUGUCAGGACAUGAUUGCCUCCCAUAGUUUAGAGUCAUAGGUCACAGUGUCUUGAGUCUAGACAGACACACUAUAACCUCUUUGCGUUUAAGGCUUCCUCUUGAAUAUGAUAAUACCAGACCUCCCCACAUCCCAAGUGAAAGAGCUACAUCUCCCCCUCCUUCCCUCACUCUGUCUGUCUGUCUGUCUCUCUCUCUCUCUCUCUCUCUCUCUCUCUCUCUCUCUCUCUCUCUCUCUCUCUCUCUCUCUCUCUCUCUCUGUUAGUGACCCUCCGCUUGUACUUGCCAGUCUUCUUGUACCUUUACGAACAUCUACAGUCAUUCCAUUCUCAGUCACUUGUCAUCCUCUCCGUUACCUCUACAUCACCUGUGUUUUUCCCUCUACUCUACCUUGCCUUCCCCUAUAGCACCUCCACCACUCGGUACUUGUUCCCUCCCGGCUACCCUGAAGACACAACAACAUACAUUAGCGGUGGUGACGGAGGCGGCAGCGUCUGUGCAAAUGUCAAAGUGGUGCCAGCCUCGCUGAUACACUCUAGUGUGCAGAGCCAGCAUGCAGCCCCCCCCCCCCCACAUUUGAUUAAGCAUGACCACAUAUCGAGAGAAAGCUUUGUAUUUUAUAAAGUCUCGGAACUAAGAAAAAUGACCUAAGAAGAGGCUAGUACUGGAACAAAGGGGGAUAAGUAAUGAAGACUAGUACUGGAACAAAGGGGGAUAAGUAAUGAAGACUAGUACUGGAACAAAGGGGGAUAAGUAAUGAAGACUAGCACUGGAACAAAGGGGGAUAACCAAUGAAAAUUAGUACUGGAACAAAGGGGGAUAACCAGUGAAGCGUCUACCCCCGAGAACUUGGGUCAAGGACCUAGGAAGAGAGGUCAGUCCUAGAACUAAGGAACAUGACCUGAGAAGAAAGAUUAAAAGAGACGAUCAAGCUAAGACACUGAAGACAGAAGAUCCAGGGGAGACAAAAUCACGACUUGUUAGAUCAUUUAGAAGACCUAAGAACAUGAACUGGGAAGAACUGGUCAGAUUAUAGGAAACACAGAGACACAGGAGCCGCAGAGGAAAGUUGCAAACGUAAUAAAUAGCUGAGGACAUGCUUUUCUCAGCCCUUUUUGUUUAUGGUCAGAAACUAUAAUGAAAAUGAAGUGACGGAGACAAUGCACAGUUUUAAGAAUAUGUAUGAUAGGGCCCACAAGGCUAGGAAUUAAUGCGACCAUGGCCACCUGAGUGGCUGGGGGGGGGGGGGAAGGCAAGUACUGAAACCCUCUAAUCAAAACCAGUUUCAUGAGUACAAUGUGAAUCUUUAAUGUAAGUAACAGUCAAAACAGCACAUGAAGUUGAGGGAUCCAUCAUAAUAAUAGUGGUUGCAGGGGUCGAGACCCAGCUCCUGGCCCCCGCGCCUCUAUAAUGAACGCUACUAGGUCCUCUCUCUCUCCCAGCUCCAUGAGCUUUAUCAUGCCUCGUGUGUGUGUGUGUGUGUGUGUGUGUGUGU